UAUAAAGUCCUGGAAUUUUACAUUUCAAAUUAGUGUGGCUUGAUUGGUUUCGUUGUCAACAUGAAAUUAUUACUACUGUGUAGUUUGUUGGCAUCCAGUGCUUUAUCCGAAGACGUAGUAAGUUCAAGGCGAUUCCCCAGAAAUUUCAAAUUCGGUACGGCAUCAGCAGCUUACCAGAUUGAAGGAGGAUGGGAUGCAGAUGGUAAAGGCGAAAAUAUAUGGGACAGAUCCACACAUCUGCACCCUGAAAAGAACUCCUACCAAACCGGAGAUGUUGCCUGCGAUUCCUACAACAAAUGGCAGGAGGAUGUAGACCUAUUGGUUGGAAUGGGAGUAAGCACCUACAGGUUCUCCAUUGCAUGGUCCAGGGUUCUACCCACUGGUUUGGUCGACUCGCCCAAUCCUAGUGGCAUUGAGUAUUACAGAAAGUUGAUUGGGGCUUUAAGGGAAAACAACAUCGAACCCUUGGUGACCAUGCAUCAUUGGGACUUGCCAACGUACCUCGAAGAUUUGGGAGGUUUCACUAAUUCAGAUAUCCAAGAAUGGUUUGUGGAUUACGCUCGAUUUCUGUUUGAGAACUUUGGAGAUCAAGUCACCGAAUGGAUCACUUUCAAUGAACCGAAGCAAACUUGCGAGCAUGGAUACGGAACUGGCGCUUUGGCUCCAAAUAUCGAAAGUCCUGGAGUGAAGGAUUAUAUUUGCGCCCAUAACUUGAUUAUUGCUCAUGGAAAAGCAUACAGACUGUACGAGAGAGAGUUCAAAGAAUCACAAGGAGGAAGAGUAACCAUGGUAAUUGACAGCAACUGGUUUGGCCCAGCUUCGGAAAGCGCUGAAGAUAUAGAAGCAGCAGAAAGGAACAUGCUUUUCACUUAUGGAUGGUUUGGGCAUCCAAUCAACUUUGGAGACUACCCAGAAGUCAUGAAAGAAAGAAUCGCUUAUCGUUCAGAGCUGGAGGGAUUCGCCUCAUCCCGUUUGCCUAGCUUCACAGAAGAAGAAAAGGAAAUUAUUGCUGGCACAGCUGACUUCAUGUGCGUCAACAUAUACACAUCUUCAUUAGUCAGAGCUAUUGAAGAACCAGGCAUUGUCCGCGAAAGUCCGUCAAGAGAAUUAGAUCUUGGUGUUGAAGUAUAUCAACCAGAUGAUUGGGAACCAACUAUUACUAGUUGGUUUAAGGUUGUUCCAUGGGGAGCCAGAAAACUUGUAAAAUGGAUUAGUGACACGUACGAUCAUCCAGAAAUCAUUGUCACUGAAAAUGGAUACCACGACGAUGGAACAGUGAUUCAUGACUUGGAAACCAGAGGCCGAUACCAUAAGCUCUACCUCAGUAACUUGCAAGAUGCUAUAUAUGAAGACGAUGUCAACUUGACCGGUUACAUGGCUUGGGCUCUUACUGAUGACUUUGAAUGGCAAUAUGGAUACAAUAUUCAAUUAGGUUUGUACCAAGUGAACUUUACCGAUCCUGAUAGGCCAAGAACCGCGAAGGAUUCAGCAGCGUACUACAGACAAGUAGUGAAAACUAGGUGUUUGUUAGACGAUGACCAAUGUACUGAUUAAAUACUCGUCAAAACGUCUCAAUCUGUUAUGAAAAAGUAAUUUUUAAUAAAUAAAAGGUGUACACAUUA